ACGCGACAACCCUUAGAUCAUAGGAAGGUGUGCUCCGUCUUAGCAGGAUUCCCGUAAGCGGCUUUGUAACGACUCUCUCGAAACUUUGGAGAAGAACUUCUCAUCCUCCCGCGGUGCGAUCAAUUUUUCGGUAUACUACUUUUACACUCUCUGACUUUGGCGAGCGUGACAAGUUGGAAGGAUAAUUUUCCCGAAUAAAAGGGUGUUACAGUGUUUCUCGUAUUCGAAGAAUUUGUCACUUGGUAAUUCCUAGCGAGUUUAUCUUACUUUUUCUCGCGAAACAAGAAUACACAGGUUUUUAAAUUCUAAAAUUUGACUAACGUUACAUUUAACGUGGCACGUUCGUGGAAAGUGGAAUAAUGUAUGGGUACGGUCGACUUCGUUUAAGAAUUGUUGCAGAAACCGCUCCCAAAGGGAUAUUAAUCAAGAAAGCUGUGCGAGUUACGCGGCCAUACGCGGAAAAAAUGCAAAUGGACCGCUUACGCCUCGCUUUUCUUGCCGAUCUAAUGAACAACAUCCGCAUAGCGAUACGACUUCAUAAUGCAGGAUCAGCCGGGGUCAUAUUAUCUCGCAAAUGGCUCGACCUCCGUCACCUCGGUUCGGUCUACGGUUUGCCAGCCCCGGAGCCACGUCCAAGAAUUCCAAGGAAGCGCAAGGACCGUGCAGUUCGUACCGGAACGAAAAUGGAAGAGAACAAGAUCCGGUGGCGUGGUAGCCAACGUCAAAUUGCGACCAAGAAAAAAAUAUAAAUGGUAUAGGCGAACGACUCGAAA